AUGAAAGGAAUAAUUAUAUUAUUGGUCAUCGUGUACGCGGCCGUGGGGCGGGCCCAAUUGGAAGAAUGCCCGAAAGAACAGGAAUCAAACUGGGAUAUUGAAUGGCUGCUGAGACACGACGAUUGUGAAAAAUUUUAUAAAUGUACCUUUGGUAAGCCUGUUGAAAUGAGUUGCCCGCCUGGUCUUUGGUUCAACCUGGAUACAUGGCGUUGUGACUGGCCACAAAACGUAGAUUGUGAGGACCGUAAUAUUCCUGGGGACCCAACAACGAGUUCGACAACAACUACUACGACAACACCAUCAACCACCACGUCUACUACAACUACUACAACGACUACGACACCACCUCCAACCACCACGUCUACUACAACGACUACAACACCACCUCCAACCACCACGUCUACUACAACGACUACAACACCACCUCCAACCACCACGUCUACUACAACUACUACAACACCACCUCCAACCACCACGUCUACUACAACUACUACAACGACUACGACACCACCUCCAACCACCCCGUCUACUACAACGACGACCACCACCAUGCCAACACCUGUUGAUUUCUUACCCAAUGGAUGCCCUGUGAACCCUCUAAUCCACUGGCUGCUGCCUCACCCAACGGAUUGUAACGCCUUCUACUACUGCGUUUGGGGAGAUUUGGUGUUGAGACACUGCCCCGCCAAUUUACAUUUCAACAGAACGAUUCAGGUUUGUGACUGGCCUUGGGCCGCCGGAUGCCCAGCCUCGUUCAACAAACACUUGUCAUCCAGACAGUUACUGAGAUAA